UAAUUUAAAAAAAGAUUUAGUAUAAUAGAAAUAAUUAUAUAGUUUUGAUGUAUCUUCAUCUCCUUUGUCUUUCAAUGUCCGUUGAUAUCAGACGAAUGCUUCAGACAUAAACAACUCUUACAAAAAACUCUCACUAAGCAAAAAAGCAGAGAGUAAAAGAAGGAUCACUCAUCGUAUUUGUCUCAUGAAUCUAUCCGCCGACCAAGAUAGCGUCGGCGCAGAGGAAGUAGCUCCGCCGUCUCAACCACAUCGGCUAUCCACAUCCUGCGAUGUUCACCCAGAGGAGCGCUUCUCCGGGUUUUGCCCUUCCUGUCUCUGCGAACGCCUCUCCGUCUUAGAUCACAACGGCGCUCCGCCGCAGCCGGCGUCUUCUUCUUCCCGGAAACCAGCCACCGCAGCAUUGAAAGCUCUCUUCAAGCCCUCCAGUGCGAAUGGGAACGGUCGGGUGAGAGCAGGUUUCUUCCCGGAGCUACGGCGAAGCAAAUCGUUUUCAGCAAAGAACAAGGAAGGAAUAUCAGGGGGGUUAGAGCCACAGCGUCGGUCUUGUGACGUGAGGCUUCGUGAGGAAAACAGAAACAGAGAAGGUGGGAAGAUGGAAGAUGAAGGUAGGAAGUCAAGCGUGAGUGAGGCAGUUGCGGAGGAAGAAAAAGGAAGUGAGUGUGAGAUUGUGAAUGAAAUGAUAGAGGAGGAAAAAAGCUGCGAGAUUGCGGAAGAGAAGGCAAUGAAGGAGUACAUGGAUCUCUAUCCACAGACAAAGAAGCCAUCCUCCGUCAGAAGCUUCCCUUUCUUUUCGGCGGCCUCUGUUUUCAGCAAGAAGCUUCAGAAAUGGAGGAACAAGCAGAAGAAGAAGCCACGGAAUGUACAGCUCCCUGUGGAGAAGGCACAGCCUAGAGAUACGCAAUCGGAGAUCGCCGGCCGGAGAUCUAGCGACACUGAUCCUAGAUUCUCCCUCGACGCCGCCGGUAGAUUCUCCGUGGACAUAGGUCGCAUUUCGGUGGACGAGCCGAGAGCGUCGUGGGAUGGCCAUUUGCCUCCGUUGGCUAGGGUUCCUCCACCGCCGUCGAUGCUAUCAGUGGUGGAAAACGCGCAAUCAGACAUGCAGGUUCCUACUGUGGAAGAAACGUCGAUGAUGAUUAAUGGUGGAGAAUCCGACGACCCGAUUAUCAUCAUACCAGGUGGAUCGAGUCAAACCCGAGACUACUACACGGAACCUCCUUCGUCGCGGAGGCGGAAGAGCCUCGACAGAUCCAAUUCAAUUAAAAAAGCAAUGGAGAUGGAGGAGGUCAAAUCUAAUGUAAGGGUUUCUCCGGCGGCGGCGACGAUAACAUACACCUCCUCCUCCUCCAUGGUGAAUCAAAAUGGUGGUGAUAAGAAAUCAUCCAGACGAUGGGGAAAAUGGAGCAUGUUCGGUUUUAUCUACAGGAAAGGUGUUAGCAGCAAGGACGAGGAGGAGGAUGAUAGGUAUAGCCGUUCCAACAGCACGGGUGUGGUGGAGAGGUCAUUAUCCGAAUCAUGGCCGGACCUCAGGAACGAAGCAGGAGGAGGACCCAAGAUGAGGAGGAGUAACAGCAAUGUGAGCUGGCGGAGCUCCAGCUCCAGGAAUAAGAGUUGGAGGAAUUCGUCCAAGGAUGGAGGAGGAGACAACGGAAUGCUGAGGUUUUAUUUGACACCCAGUUGGAGAAAUGGCGGCGGUGGUAGUGGGUGGGAGAAGACUGCGGCCAAGGCAAAUAGUCACGGCCACUCUAUUGCCAGGAGAGUCAUGAGGCUCUAUUGACCCAACAUUAUUUGAAUUUUCCCUCUUUAAUUUUCAUUCAUUUCUGUCUUUUUAAGUAUUGAGAUUAUAUAUAUAUAUAUAUAUAUAUGUAUUUUGAGUUUCUAAA